GCCCAGCAGUCAAGUACAAGCUGUUUUUUUUACCUGGUUCGAUAUUUAUGCAUCUUUAGAAAUGUUUGCUGCAGCGACCAAAAACUUUGUGAAGCAGGUGGGAGACACAGGGAGGUUGAUCCCUGUCCCGAGCCUGAGUGAGGCUGACCGCUACCAGCCCCUCAGCCUGGUUACCAGAAAGAGGAGGAAGCAUUUUUGGAAGAAGGACAAGUAUGCCUCAACACCUUUCUCACUGAAAGACAUCCUGGUGGGCGAAAAAGAGAUCACAGCAGGGGUUUCCUCUUACCAACUCCUCAACUACGAAGAUAAAUCUGAUGUAGCUCUCAAUGGUCGGUUAGGGAACCACAUCAUCAAUGAUGUGGGGUUCAACAUCAGUGGGUCAGACUCAGUGGCUGUAAAAGCCUCCUUUGGCAUUGUGACCAAACACGAGCUGGAGGUGCCAACGUUAUUGCGUGAACUCAACUCCAGGAAGGUGGACCUGGAUCACUGCCUGAUUCGUCAGUCAAAGGAGAGCGGACGCAGUGUCCUCUGUGUUGUCGUGGAGAGUAUUCGCACCACGCGUCAAUGCUCUCUGACCGUGCAUGCUGGCAUGAGAGGGACCACCAUGAGGUUUCAGAUUGACGACGGCAGAAACCCCAAAGGUCGAGACAAGGCCAUUGUCAUCCCAGCUCACACCACCAUCGCCUUCAGCAUCUGUGAGCUCUUUGUUCGACUGGAUGGACGACUUGAUGAUCGAACAUUCGAAGAGCUCACCCACUCUGACACCUACAUGGACGACAUGGUGACCGACUACUACGAGAAGGCUGCCAGCAUGACGGACAUUUCCACCGCUUACUUGAGGGAAAGCUCACAUACAAGGGUCAACCUCCUCAAACACAACAUCCCCAAGGGCCCCUGCGCACUCUGCGGGAUGGGCAACCAACGGCGGGAAACCGUGUACGGCUGCCUGGAGUGCUCGACUGGGGGCCAGAAAUAUGUCCGGCUGCAUGUGGUACCCUGUUUUGAUCUCUGGCAUAAAACCUUGAGGUGAAAAAGGCCUUUUUUUUCUCACAAGUGAUACAAGUGCGACUGUUUAUCACUCCUGCCGACAGCCUCAACACAUCAUGUCUUCAGCUGCAGCCAAGUGAUCCAGUAAAAGAUGUAAACAUAAACCUGGUGCUAUCCGUACCUUUGUGGUGUAUCAUUUUCAGUUUCCCACUGGCACCAGCGCAUUUCUACACGUGUGCUGUGUGUGUACUGUAGCUGCCAGCUGAUUUAUUAUUAACUGAGGGUAUUAAAAAUAGAUAGGAGGAGGGAUCGUGUGAAGGCCAGUGAGGAACAAGUUCCAAGUGUGUCACUGAUGUUGAGUUUCUGUUUUAAAUUUGUCUCGCUUGAAUUUCAGUUUAAAAAAUUUUUUUUGUUCCUUUGGGAUUGUUUUAUUUAAAGACAUGCACUUCUAACAUGCUAAGAAACACAACUACACAAGAGCCAUAAAGUCAGCAAUAGUUAUGUCCUAAUCUACUAUUAUCAAGGCUGUAUGUCUUUUUACUAGGAAAAUAAG